AUGCGCUCGGCGUCAUCGAGUGAUCUAGAACCGUCAUCGGAAGAGCGAGUACCGCAAUGGACGAGUGAAAGCUUCUUGGAGCUUCGCUCUGAAUUCCUAGUCGAGCGUACUGAGUUCAAGGCUCUGGAAAUUCUCAGGCGAAUGGUUGCGAUAGACGUCAAGCAAGUUGACGAAAAUGCUUGGCUCGAGUGCAAGGAUGUAAUAUCGAUGCUACUGAAUGCAAUUCCAGUUCAAACCCUGCUGGAGACGCAGCAGAUUAUGCUGCUGACUGCACUGGAGUCUUGUCCGUCACAUGUUGUGAGUGCACUUGCUGCUCACUUUUCAUCUCAUCAGGAUGUUGUCUCACCACUGCUGAACGGUGUUGCUCAGGCGGUGGCGGUAGCGUUCGCACGUCGCAUUAACGAUCCAGACACAUUCGAGCAGGUAAAUGUAUCAAUCAUUUAA